AUGCGCACAUUCCUCGCUCCGCUCCUGCUUGCGCCGCUUGCAGCGCUCGCCGCACCAGAUGUCUUCGCCGACUUCGAACCAGCCGUUGCGCCAUUAGAGAACCCCGUAUACGAGGCCAUGGAGACAUCUCCCGCAGGCAGCGGCGCCGAAGUCCUCAAGCGACAAAACAACAAUGCAUGCGCAACCCAAUACUUCAACUGUGCUGGUCUCGGCGCCCCGGGACUCUGCUGCCCACGAACAGCCGUGUGCUCAGCCGACCAGGCCGGACAUGUAGCAUGCUGCCCCCAGGGCGCAGCAUGCACAGGAGCAAUUGGUGCCAUUGCCACGGGCGCAAAUCCCUCGGCCACAUCCACCGUCUCCUUCGUAAUCGCAUCCACAACAGGCGACAGCCCCUUCGUGCAGGAAACAAAUGGCGCAAACCACGGAAGCACGGUACAGAACCAAUUCUACCCUUUUCCGUACAUACCGACGACUUACUCCAACGCAGCUGCCUGCUCGUCCGCUUAUACAAGCUGCCAAAGUGAUGCUGCAAGCUGUACGACUGCUCUAGCCAACGGCGCGGCUGGCGUCACUAUAUCGGCACCCAACGGCGCCGGUGCCACCAUUACCGCAAUUCCGAGUGUGGGCCUCCAGUCUGCUCAGAGCAUCUGCUCGAGCUUGAGCAGUCUGGGAUGUUCGCAGCUUACUGUCGAGGCUUGUGCGGCUUUUGACGGUCAAGGAAACGCAGGCAUGAGAGCCCGCUGUGCCGAUUACCUCAUGACAGCAGGUGUUGCUGUCGGCAUCGCAGGACAGCUUUUGAGAUGAGCAAGAGAUGUAUUCGGGGCUUCGUUUCUUUGUCGAUAAUAUGGUCGAUGUUUACGUUAAUGAGACGAAAAUACGAUAUGUGCUUUGGCACAGCCUUACUUUUGUGGCUCUUUGCCUUUACAUGGCGUUCGUAAGGAGUUAAAUAGGCAUGGCAUGCGGCCGAUACCUAUGUCUGCUUGCAUUUGUAUAUGCCUUCAAUGAGAUUAUAUAAAUUUUUCCGAUUCUAAAUUGUUACACUGCCUCUGAUCCUUUUCCGUAUUAGAUCAACGUCCCGGUCAAGCUUACAGACCACGUCUUGCAUCGUCUCUACUCUGAUAUCGGCACGUCAUAACUCAACACUCUCGCCUGCGAACUUGUAAAGAGGACACGUUGAGAAUAAAAAGGAGCCGG